UUAUUUCGGCAUGAACGAAUCUAACGACAACUUGUAUACAGACGAAAUGUUCGAUAACUUUGCCGCCAAUCUGCACCAAAAAACAAAAAUACCUCAUUCUUCAGAGUCGGAUAUAUCUAGUUACAUUGACUCUGACGAGAAUGACGUUUCUAAAACUGGGAUUGAUUUACAGCUAAGGCCUAUCUUACCAAAAAAACAACUGGAGAUACCGAGAUUCUCUCCUGCCGCGGCAUGGAGACUUCUGUCUAUGGAUACCAAUGAUAAUACGGCCGCUACAACAGAAAGUGACGAUGUGCCUGUUUUUGUAGAAGAACGAAUCGAGAAAUAUGCCAGACCUCCACCUCCAUUCGUUCAUGCAGGACAAAGAUCCAGCAAUGACAAAUCUGGAGAUUCCGGGAUAUCAGGAGACGAUGCCAUUCCUAUUGCUUGCUACGAGGAUAAUAAUGACAAUGGAAUUAACCAAGAAAACCAUGUACCUGCUGGACUCAAGAUGCUAUCAUAUUUGAAUAAUCAUGAGAGGAUAUCGUGGACUCCUCAACAAGAUCUCGGGGACGAUUCUAGCAUAGAAGAAUGUAUAGAUGACAAAGUGCUCAAACAGAAACCGCGGACCCAUAUCGGACCACACCUAUUCAGUCUAUCGCUGCCUAGAGACAACCAGCUGGCGUCAUAUAUGAUUGAGAAAUCAAAUUAUCAGUAUAGCGGUUUGCAGAGGUUGAAGAAAUCACUCUCUGGAGUUUUGAAUAACUUAUCCAACAAGAAGGACUACAUUGAAGCGAACCUUGCAGACGAGAAAGGCUCUAAUUGGUUUCUUAGCAAAUCUGCACCGAAUUCUUUGAAUAACGCAUUUCACUCUCUGGAAAUGCGAAAAUCCCAAGAGUGCGAGUUGAUAUACUCUCAAAACAAGACUAGCAGGUUGAUGUAUCUGCCCGAGAUAGACCUUAACCGAAGCAACUAUAGAAAAGAUUAUGAUAUAAACACACGAGACACACCAUCACUAAGUUAUUCAAAGUCUUGCGAAGACAUAGCUUUUGAAGUUCGGAGGGAACCAGAACCUCUUCAAGACCCAGCAACAAAACAUGAUCUUUCAUGGCAGAUGAGCAGGAAGCCCAAAAAGUUCACCUUCCAAAGUACAAUAAGGCAAAUUGAGAAAAAGAGAUUGUCUGACAAGCUUUCCAAAGAAGCGGAAAGGAGGGAAAAGAAACGGAUCCAGGAGCUUGAAGCCAUGCAGAAAGUUGAAGAGGAGUUUCAGAGAAAACGGGCAAGGGAGAAAGCCAAUAUUCGACAACAACUGAGGCUAUACUGUUUGGACGAAGAUCCCACUUGGUCUAGUCUUCCACCUAACCUCGAAAUGAAGAAUGAGAUUCGACCAGAACCUGAUGGAGCAUUUUCUUCCUCAACUUCAUCUUCUCCACUGCCACACACAAAAUCACCAGACAGUAGCAUAUCUUUCCAUAAAUUCAGAGGUCCAGAACUGAAUACAGAAACCAAAAUGAGAGCAUCUACAACUCGAGAGCUGUCUGAAUUCAGACAAGUACAAAGGGAUUACAAGGAAUUUCGUGGAAGCUAUAGAUAUGCUAAUGAUGGGGGACACCACAGACAAACAACAGUUCAUCCUCAAGUUACGUGCAAUAUGCCAAAAGCAAAAGGAAUAAAACCAAGAGAAAGUAGCAAUUAUAGAAAGGAUUUUGCCUCAGGAGUGAAAAGUACCCAUUCUGCUAGAAGCACACAUUCUGAAGACUCACCAAAUCCACCACGAAUGUACAAUAAAUAUGAACCGAUGUCCAUGUCUUACCUUGAUCAAGAUCUAAUUCACUGCUAAUUAUCUAGGCUAAGGAGAGGAUGUUACUCAAAUAUAUUACCUUGAAUAAUUUUUUAUAGAAACUGUACAAUUAUAUAUAUUUUGUAUAUAAAAAAUUUAUUAACAUGCCAA